AUGUUCUCACGGGUUUUUGUUCCCAUAGAGUGUCAGACCGGUGUUCCCUUGGGGUAUGCUUUCGUUGAUGUGGAUGACAUGGAAAAGGCCUUGCAAUUGGGUGGUGGUUGGAUGGGAGGACGUAUGUUUCUUGUUAUGAUGGCUCAAUAUCAAAAGGAAUCCAUUUCCUUCCCUAACUUUGAUGGUUGUCAAGAUUGUGGUGAUUAUCUCUUUGAGCGCCGUCAGAAAAGAUUCCUCGCUAGGCCCUAA